GUAUGACCGUCACAGACAUCGACCCCGACAAACUGAUGAGCAACUACGGAGCGAAGUCGUACAAUCCAGAGGAACAAAAGCGACAAUGGAAGGAGCACGUACACAAUGAGAUAAAAACUCAGAUGAACCACCCGAUAAGUAAAUCAGAACACUUUGUCAAAAAAGAGGGUCUGGAAGCAUGUCUGGACAGGAAGAUCAACUAUUAUAACUCAGAAAAACAGUACGACAAGAAUGGAACGUAUGAUAGGUUGUUCCACCAGAAAGAGGGCUACAAUCCCUCGCACAAGAGAGAUGAUCGGACCUACGAUACUAAUGUGGAAGAGGAGGAUGUUGGGAAACCUGUACCAACUCGAUCAUCCUCGGUGUACGGCUCCAGGCUGGACAAGCAGGUGGAACCAGAGCGGUCGAGGCAGCACGUGCGGUGCGCGGUCGUGCAGAAAGACUUUUACAGAGCCGGCCUAGCUGAAUAGCAUACAGCAGCACAAUUGAAACGACAGAGAUCGGCGGCUCUUUCGAAAGCUAUUGACAACCGUGCUACCAAUUUUAUUGUGGGCUACUGUAGAUAUAGGAGAUUAUACCAAAUUUAACUAGACGGACAUUAACGUCAGUACUGCACUGUUAAUUGAAACUAGGGAAAUUCUUGCACGUGCGAUGAGAGAGGACUCCACCGCGUACUGCACUCAGCUCAAUUGAGACAAAUUUUGUUCUCUAUGGUUGCAUUAAGAGAAAGGUGCCAUUAAUUUAAAAGAAGCCAGAGAAAUUAAAGAUUUGUUCAUCAAGUGCUUUUCCAAGAAUAGUCUAAUUUCAUCAGAUUUACUGCCAAAGACUGUCCUUCUCGCAAUAUUCGAUCCAUCAAAGAAAUCUUAAUGAACUUCUUCGGGUACUAUAGAGUUAUUUUAUGAGUGUGUAAUAUGUCUUUAUUGCCAGUAAUAUUUUUGAACAAUGUAA